AUGAAUGCGUCAAACAUUCAUACCUUUUCAAACACACGAGAACUUUCAGUAGAUCUUGCUGAUCUAACAGUAAAAUUAUCUGAAGAAUCAAUUAAAUCGCGAGAUAGGUUUACUGUAGGAAUUUCAGGUGGUUCUCUACCUAAACUUUUAGCUUCUGAUUUAAAGAACCGUGAAGACAUAGAAUGGGAUAAAUGGCAUGUGUUUUUUUGCGAUGAAAGACUUGUUCCAUUAAAUCAUGAGGAUUCUAAUUAUUUAUUGUGUAAAAAAGAAUUCUUUGAUCAUGUUCCGAUCCCCGGAGAUCAAAUUUAUACCAUAGAUCCUUCUUUACUUCCGCAACUUGAAACAGCUGUCGAAAAAGGAACGGAAGCAAUCGAAGAGGCUUCAUUAGAAAUAGUAGAAGAUUAUGAACAAAAAUUAAUUUCUGUGUUUGCAACUGUGAAUGCUGUUAAGUUUCCUGUAUUCGAUUUACUUUUAUUGGGAGUUGGACCUGAUGGACAUACUUGUUCUCUUUUUCCAGAUCACCCUUUGUUAGAUUUAACCAUUGGGUGGGUUGCUUAUAUUGGUGAUUCACCAAAGCCACCACCAAGAAGGAUUACUUUUACUUUACCGGUGGUUAAUCAUGCUCAUAAUAUAGCUUUCGUUGCAACUGGUGAAGGGAAACAAGAUGUGUUGAAAGAGAUAAUUGAAAAUCCUGAGAGUCGAUUGCCUGCUGCCUUGGUUCAUCCAGUUACUGGAAAAUUGUAUUGGUUCUUGGAUGAUGCUGCUACCUUUAAGUUAACUUCAUUAAAG